CCCCGUUCUGCCCGCGGCGCUCGCAGCCUCUCGCCAUGAAGGUCGCCGCUGUCGCUUCUUCGCCGCUUCCCGCGGGUGCCGGUGGUCCGCUGAAGGCGGUGCGGCCCGGGGAGGCCGCCCGCUGCGGGCCGGGCCUAGGGGUGUCCCCGGUGGCGGCGGAGCAGGCGGCCGCCGCGCUGCUGUACGAUAUGAAGGGGUGCUACUCGCGGCUACGGGCGCUGGUGCCGACCCUGCCGCGGCACCGGCGGGUCUCCAAGGUGGAGCUGCUGCAGCACGUUAUCGACUACAUAUGGGACCUGCAGCUGGAGCUGCAGUGCGGCCCCCCGCGCCCCGCCGCCGCUGGGGACUCCCCCGAGGCUCCGUGCAUUCCCGCUGCCGAUCGGAUCCUCUGCCGCUGAGACCGCUCUGGAACCACCACGGACAUCAUCCCCGGGAUCCCGGUCCCACCACGGACAUCGUCCCCGGGACCCCGUCCCUGAGCACCGCGGUUCACCUGCAUCCCUGGCUCCCCGGCAGGGCUGCCCUGGGGGUCCCCCCGCAGUCUGGGCAGGGGGUGCUGUGGGCCGGAUCCUUCCUUCUCAGAUUGCUGAGAGCAUUCCCCGUAUUGUAUAUUACAAUGAUGCUGGAGAAUAUUGUUCUACAAUAGCUGGAGUUUUGUUAUUAAACAAGCCCUGAUGACCA